UUAAACCCGCAGCACAGGUGUGAUCCCUGUGCUCUUCCCCCGUCUCUCUUAUUUACAUCAACACAUAACAUAAGGCAGAAAAACCGAUCAGAAGCAACAGAUUGCCAAGCUGAACACAUUUUUAACCCUCGAAAAUGAAGGUGCCAGAGGAGGAAUUAAUGAGCGAUAUACUGAAGCGCUUAACGGGCGAGUCUGCGCUCCCUGUGUACAGCAACAUAGAAAAGUUCAAACGAGGAAAGAACGGCCUGUACUUUGUCGCCGAAGACUUCAAUGAAACUGUGAAAAAAAGAGAAUUAGUCAACGCCAAGGAACGACUGAGAAUCAGGAACUUGAACACCAUGUUCUCCCGGCUGAAACGGAUGGUGCCACUGAUGCGACCUGACCGGAAACCCAGCAAAGUGGAUACACUUAAAGCUGCGACGGAAUACAUUCGGUUGCUUGUAGCAGUUUUGCAGGACGCUGACAGUGAUGAUGGCAGUGGGACUGAUUUCCUAAAGAAUGCAAUCACUUAUGGACAAACUGAAGGCUUGAGCAACGACCUAUGGAGAGUGGAUGAUUUGCUGAACAUGUCAGAUGAGCGCAUGGAGGAUGGAUUCACUUUGCCUCCAGAACCAGUGACCGAGGACGGUGAUAUGACCAGACUGGUGUUGCAACAUUGUGUGAUGCCUGCAUACCAGUUCAUCAUCCAAGUAGCACCUGAUCAGACUUCGAUGUCUCAUCCCUUUUGAGUGGUGUUCAGAGCGGAUGGCUUGGACCAGUAUUGGAAACCUGCCAGGGGCCUGUUGCUUUGAAGAAAGGAUUUUUCUCCAAGAAAAUGCAAUUUUAUUUGUAUUAUUUAAUUUAACUUUCAAAUUGAAAUUUUGUUUGAGUAAAUAUAAAUGUGUUUUUAUUUUAAUUUAACAAACUGCUUCAUUGGCAGCCCAAAAAUACAAUGUACAAGACGGCUUUCUUUUUUUGAAUUUCUGUUUGUGUUUGUUGUUCUGUCUCCGUCCAAUAGAUGCUUUCUCAUUCAACACUUCAUAGUACCAAGAAUUAUGUUUGGUGAAUAUUAAAUUAAUAUUAUCAGCUUUCA